AUGAAGCGAGAGCAGACGGGUGCCAGGGCAGGCUCGUUUGUGCUCAGCAUGCAGCGGGCGCCCAAUAAGUUCUCCUUGGCUUGGCUGGGGGGCAGCGGAGAUGGGGAUGGAGGCAGGCUAGGGGAGGGGGCCGGGGCCGAGGGCCUCUGCGAGUCCCGGGGCUGGCGGGGCAGGGCCCGCCGCGAGGGUGGGGUUUGGGCGGCGCUACGCGGAGGCGGCCCGAGGCUGGCCCGGGAUCAGGGGAGCCGAUGUGGAAUUUCCUGCCGGGCCCGGCCCCCUCCCCUCUCCCCUCCUCCCCUGCCCGCCCCGCCGGGCCUCGCCUCUCGCCUCUCGGCCCCGGGCUCCCCCUGCACUCGGCUUCCGGCCGCGCUCCCUGCAGCCGCUCUGCGCCCCGCGCCCCCCGCCCCCCGCCCCUCCCGGCCCGGCAUGGGGGGCCCCGGGGCUCGCGCCGGCCGCGCGCCGCGGCCGUGGCCCCUGCCGCCGUCGCCGCCUGCCCUGGUGCUCCUGCCGCCGCUGCUGCUGCUGCUGCUGCCGCUGCCGCCUCCGCUGCGAGCCGCCCCGGAGCUGAGCCCGCGGGGACGCAAUGUGUGCCGGGCGCCCGGUUCCCAAGGGCUCGCGUGCUGUGCAGGCUGGAGGCAGCAAGGCGAGGAGUGCACCAUUGCCCUGUGCGAGGGGAACUCCACGUGCUCGGAGAACGAGGUGUGCGUGCGCCCCGGCGAGUGCAGAUGCCGCCACGGCUACUUCGGAGCCACGUGCGACACCAAGUGCCCGCCCCAGUUCUGGGGCCCCGACUGCAAGGAGCUGUGUAGCUGCCACCCGCACGGGCAGUGCGAGGACGUGACGGGUCAGUGUACGUGCCACGCGCACCGCUGGGGCGCGCGCUGCGAGCACGCGUGCUUGUGCCAACACGGCGCGUGCCACCCGCAGAGCGGCGCGUGCCGCUGCGAGCCCGGCUGGUGGGGCGCCCAGUGCGCCAACGCCUGUUACUGCAGCCAGACGUCCCAGUGCGAGCCGCAGACGGGCGCGUGCCUCUGCCACACGGGCUGGUGGGGCCGCAGCUGCAACAACCAGUGCUCGUGCAACGGGUCCCCCUGCGAGCAGUUCAGCGGCCGCUGCCAGUGCCGGGAGCGCACGUUCGGGCCGCGCUGCGAGCGCUACUGCCAGUGCUAUCGCGGCCGCUGCAACCCGCUGGACGGCACGUGCGCCUGCGAGCCGGGCUACCGGGGCAAGUACUGCCGCGAGACGUGUCCCGCCGGCUUCUACGGCCCGGGCUGCCGCCGCAGGUGCGGCCAGUGCAAGGGCCAGCAGCCGUGCACGGUGGCGGAGGGCCGCUGCCUCACCUGCGAGGCGGGCUGGAACGGGACCAAGUGCGACCAGCCGUGCGGGCCGGGCUUCUACGGGGACGGCUGUGAGCUGCGCUGCCCGCCCUGCCGAGAUGGCCACACCUGCAACCACAUCACCGGCAAAUGCACGCGCUGCAACGCCGGCUGGAUCGGGGACCGGUGCGAAUCUAAGUGCAGCAACGGGACGUACGGCGAGGACUGCGCCUUCGUGUGCAGCGACUGCAGCAGCGGCCGCUGCGACUUCCAGUCCGGGCGCUGCCUGUGCGGCGCGGGCGCCCAUGGCCCCCACUGUAACCUGACGUGCCUCCCAGGCCACCAUGGAGUGGACUGUGCCCAGACGUGCAGCUGCCACGAGGACACGUGUGACCCUGUGACGGGGGCCUGCCACAUGGAAACCAACCAGCGCCAGGGGGUGAUGGGGGCUGGGGCCCUCCUCAUCCUCCUAUUGGGCCUGCUCCUCUCACUGCUGGGCUGCUGCUGUGUCUGCCGGAGCAAGGACCCCAGCCGCCAGGACUGCCAGCCUAGGAGAAAAAAGAGUUCCCAGCGUCUCUGUGGCCGCUUCAGCCGCAUCAGCAUGAAGUUGCCCCGGAUCCCCCUGCGGAGGCAGAAGCUGCCCAAGGUUGUGGUGGCUCAUCAUGACCCCGAGAACACCCUGAACUGCAGCUUCCUGGAGCCGCCCUCUGUCCUGGAUCCCCCGUCGCCGUCCUGGUCUUCUCGGGCUUCCUUCUCCUCCUUUGACACCACAGAUGAAGGCCCCGUGUACUGUGUGCCCCACGAAGAAUCGGCGCCGGAGAAUCCGGAGGGGGAGCCCUCUGCCCCCCCUGCCGAGGUGCCCGGGGUCCCUGGGCCCAGGGAGGGGGAAGACGCCAGCGUGGGCCCCUCCGGGGCCGCCGACAGCCGGGAGACGGUGCUGCUGGUGUCCUCGGACAGCGAGAGGUCGGCUUCCAGCCCGGAGCUCCCGCCGGCCGCCCUGUACGCCCGCGUGGCCCGGCUGGCCAAGCAGCCGGCGGCCGAGGCCGAGGGCCUGUCCCCCUCCCCCGAGAGGAGGAAGCCCCCGCCCCCGGACCCCUCCACCAAGCCCAAGGUGUCCUGGAUCCACGGGAGGUACAGCUCCCAGCAGUCCAAUUCCUUGCCGGCCUCCAGCAGAGCCCCCGACGCCGGCCACUGCCUGAGCAAAAGGAAACGGACCCCCAGCGAGACGUCCUCCGGCCUCCGCGGGCGGGGCGAGGAGCCGGGCAGCCCCAGGGGCCCCGACAAGGGGCCGAAGCCCCCCAGCGUCCCCGAGGGCCGGCCCGGGGGGGAGGAGUCUUUGGCUCAGGGGCUCCCCCGGGCUCGGGAAAGGGGGCCCGGGGAGCCCGCCGACGCCGGCUUGCAGAAGCCCCGGGCCGAGGGGCUGCCCUCCCGGCUGUCUCCCGAGGCGGCCGCGCUGCUGGCCACGCAGCUCAAGGAAAAGACUGGGAGCCUCGGCCGGGGGGAGGUGGGCACCCAGCAGAACGGCCUGGGGGCCCCCCAGCCCCACCGGGAGAAGCCUGCCCCGCCCCAGAAGGCCAAGCGGUCCAGCUUGCCUGGCUCGCGCAAGGCUGGAGCUUCCACCUCUCCGGCCUAUCACAGGCCCCAGGUGGCCGGCGGGGAGGCCCCGGCUGCCUCCGGGGAUCCCCUCGGGUCUGGGGCUGGGAAGCUGGACACUGGCAGGCCGGGGAGCCAGGCGCCAUCUGGCCUGGCCGAGGUGCCCAGGAAAAAGACCCCCAUCCAGAAACCACCCCGGAAAAAGAGCCGGGAGGCUGGCAGUGGGGAGCAGGGCAAAGCGGUCCCCUCCCCGCCCUAGGCACCGUGGGGGGCGGGGCUGGAGGCCAGAGUCCUUCCUGCACCCUUCCACCCCCCUCUUCCCGCCCUCAGGCCCUGUUUUGGGCCUUUAGGAACAGCAUCCCCCAGUCUUCUCCGGAAGUUUGCCUCUUACUCUCAUGUAGUCUGUAAUUUGUACCUGGGUUUGGGCCCAGCUUGCAGUCAGGCGAUCCCUGACCAGAGCGACUUCUCACUGGCCAAAGCCAGGAGAGCCCUGGCCAGGGGCUGCCAUGUUGUUAAGGGAGCCAGUCCGGCUUCUCACUGGCCAAAGCCAGGGUCCUGGGCAAUGGGGCUUCUCAUUGGCUAAAGGCAUGAGUCCUGGGCAGUCGGGCUUCUCAUUGGCCAAAGCCAAGAGUCCUGGGCAGUCCGGCGUCUCAUUGGCCAAAGCCAGGACCCCUUGGCCAGUCCGGCGUCUCAUUGGCCAAAUCCAGGACCCCUUGGCCAGUCCGGCGUCUCAUUGGCCAAAUCCAGGACCCCUUGGCCAGUCCGGCGUCUCAUUGGCCAAAUCCAGGACCCCUUGGCCAGUCCGGCGUUUCAUUGGUCAAAGCCAAGAGUCCUGGGCAGUCCGGUGUCUCAUUGGCCAAAGCCAGGACCUCUUGGCCAGUCCGGCGUCUCAUUGGCCAAAGCCAGGACCCCUUGGCCAGUCCGGCGUCUCAUUGGUCAAAGCCAGGACCCCUUGGCCAGUCCGGCUUCUCAUUGGCCAAAGCCAGGAGAGCCCCCAGAGCAGAACCUUUUAAGCUUGAGGUCAGUGCUCCCGUCAGCCUAGCUGACUGUACCCAGGGGAGGAGAGCUGGCUCCCCGAGCUCCUGAAAGCGCUUCCUGGCCUCCGCCUGCCCCGGCCCAGGCGCCCCUUGCCCCUGUGCAGGGAGAGCCGUGUACCAUGUUCAGUCCCCCUCCCCCUGCUGUCUGCCCCCUGCUCAGUGCCAGCCCUGCCCCCAGCCCUGCCUUCCUCUGCAGUCAAGCUGGUAUUGACUGCUCCACGUGGGCGCGGGAGGAGCUGCCCGGGACCCCCUCCAGAGGAGAGGUGUAUUUAUGAGCUAGCUCCGGGGGGCCGGGCACCCCCGGCGGAGAUACCCCGCGGGAUGGGUCUCCGGCUGGGCCGUGUCUGCGUGUGAGGAGGGUUUUUGCCUAAAGCUUUCUCAAUAAAAACGUGUAUCUUUCCUGA